GAGAGAUCUGUGUGAUCGAGGGACAAAACCUUUGUGGUGUUCUUCGGGUAGUAGUGCAAUCGUGAAUCGGGGUGUGAGUGCGGCACUCUUGUGUGUUCAAAGGAUACUGGUUUGAAUCUGAGCCUAAUUGAUACUGCAGUAUUCAUUUCGUUUGAUUUGUUCAUAUAUUAGUAUUUUGUAACCAUUAUAAUUUGUGUAAUUAUUUUGGUCCAUUAACGAGUUUUAUACUCUAUAUUCCACUGCAAUAGUUGAAUAGGUAUUUCUGCUCUCUACCCAACACUUUUCCACACUCUCUUUCGCAAUUUCUCUUUCUCUCAGUCACACCCACAUACAAACACAGAAUCACGAGUGAGUAAUGGAUUUGACCUUCCUACCAAGUCGAGGUAACCCUUUCUGCAUUGAGGUAGGCUACUUCGACACAGUGCUGGAGAUCAAGGAGAAGAUCGAGAAGGAUCAGCGCAUCCCCAUAUCCAAACAAACUCUACUUUUCGAAGGCAAUGUCCUCCAAGAUGAGCUGAAUAUCCACUACUCUGAGAUCCUUGAUGGGUCUCGCAUCCAACUACUUGUGGAGUCUGAGGCUCUCAGCCAACUGCUCGAGAUGGAUGAGCUUUCACCCUUGACGAUCCUGCUCCUUCUCAAAAUGCCAUCAUCAGAGCUCAUCACUCUUGAAAUGGAUAUCAACGAUACAAUUCGGAGGCUGAAGGAGGAAAUCCACGAUAUAGAAGGAGUACCGAUCAACCGAUUGGCCGUCCAUGCAAAAGGAAUCGAAUUGCAGGAUCAUAAAUCCAUGCUAGACUACGGGCUGUCGGAUAACUCAGAAAUAGACGUAGCUAUUCGGCCCUCUCCUGCCACCACUAGGUCGCGGUCGUCUUCUGGGAACAUGAACAGCGGAUCGAGGAAGUUGAGGAUACUUGUUCUUACCCAAAGUAGUUCUGAAAAGAUUCCGGUCGAGGUGAAUUCCUCGGACAACGUGAGGCACCUGAGGGAGAAGCUGGAGGAGCUGAAACUGGAUCUUCCACAAGAAGGGUAUUUUUUCAUUCACAAAAAAAAUGUAAUGGAUGAUCAUCAAUCUUUCAGAUGGCACCGUGUUUGUCAAGGAGAUACCAUUGAGACUUUUCGUGGAACAGUUUCUUAUAUGGAUAAAGAUAAAUAG